CUGUUAUCGUUAUCGGCAGAUUGCCGGUUUAUUUACAUUUUUGUGCGUUGAACCGAAGCAAAUGUUUUGAAAAACACCAAUAUCUGUGAUCUGGAAUACACCUGCAGCACAAAAACUGACCAAAGGGCGUGGAAAUGUGCGCAAACAGUGGUCGGAACCCCGGCCCACCGACAUCCGGCUCUCCCUUCUGCUUUGCUCUCUGCUAUGAUGGUCGCCUUAGUUUGUUUUGCUUUUUAAUUACGGCAGGAUUGGUCCUGAUCCCCUCGGUGCCCCAGAUCCACUAUGGCAUUGUGCCUCAAGUGUGGGGAGCCGUUUUGUGGGGCCCAGUCCUGUACUACGCCCUAAUCAAUAUGAUCAUACGGUUCGUAUUGCGGAACCACGACUACCAGGUCGCCAUACGGGCCUCCUUUUUGGGAUUUGCCGUAGCCGUUAGUGUACUAGUUAUCCUCUUUGCACCCAUCGGGUGGCAGCAAUUUGGUGUCUAUGGAUGCUUCAUGUCAGUCUUCCACUACUCGGAGUUCCUGGUCAUCGCAUAUGCCAAUCCGCGUACUUUGAGUCUGGACUCGUUUAUGCUGAACCACUCGGUGCACUAUGGUUUGGCAGCUGCCGCCAGUUGGAUAGAGUUUUCGUUGGAGCUGUACUUCCUGCCAGAGUUUAAGAGAUACGGCUACAUCUGGUUACUGGGAAUAGCCAUGUGCUUCUUCGGCGAGCUGGUACGGAAAGGUGCUAUCAUCACAGCCGGUCGAAGCUUUACCCAUUUGGUACAGGAUGAAAAACAUUCGGACCAUAAGCUCAUAACGCACGGCAUUUACGCCUAUUGUCGUCAUCCGUCCUACGUUGGAUGGUUUUGGUGGUCCAUUGGAACACAGAUAAUACUUCUGAAUCCCAUAUGCAUUUGCCUCUACACCCUGGUCAGCUGGCUUUUCUUCCACGACCGCGUCUAUGUUGAGGAAUACUCCCUGCUCAAUUUCUUCCAGUCCGACUACGUGCGUUAUCAGAAACGGGUCCCCACCGGCCUGCCCUUCAUCCGGGGCUAUCUGAUCGAGUAAUGCUCCGCGAUCUCCACGGUUCAAUGUCACAAAUCAGUCGUCAGGCCAAACAACAAGUUCUAUUUUAGCUUUAGACACCCGUAAACUACAAUCGGCUUUUGUACAGCCAAAACAAACAAAAACUGCACAUUGUAUUUUUGAAAAUAAGUUAUCUGAUACUAAGCAUUUUGUUUUUACUAAACAUAAACUAGUCAAAAACCUA